GUCGGAGGAUAGUUAGUUGGGUAUAUCGAGCUGCCUAGAUGUCAGUUCCCGGAUAUUGGCGUGCUCUCUCCGGCUCUCAAUUCCCACCACUGAAGUGUAGAAGAGGACGAUCUUCUCUGGUGCAUAGACCCGGCUUGAUUCCCUCUCUUGUUUCUUGCCCUAGCACUGAGGAAACUCAAAAUACAACUCCGGUUUCUGUGAAAGAGCUGGCCCCGAUUGUUCUGAGCAGAAGAAGAUUGCUGGCCCGGACAAUUUUAUCUGCUUCGCUUCUACCGAGCUGCUCCGAAGCCAUUGAAGGAGGAGGAAGAGAGGCGUUGGAGCUCGAAAGGUACACCGACCCGAAAGACGGUUUCACUCUUCUCAGACCUUCUUCUUGGAUUAAGGUUUCUAUUCUUCGAUUGUGGUUGCUGUUUGUAUGUGGCUAUUGAGAAUUUGAAAUUCUGAAAUAAUCUGGCCUGAAAGGUUUCGCUAGGUUGAUAAGGCUGGGGCUACUGUUCUCUUUGUGGAAGAUGCAAGCAAGGGAUCAAACAAUGUUGGGGUUGUGGUGAGCCCUGUGAGAAUCACAAGCUUGAGACAGUUUGGGAGUCCUCAAUUUGUGGCACAAAAACUCAUUCAGGCCGAACUUCGAAAGGAAAGCACAAUAGAAGCCGAAGUGAUUGGAGUAUCUGAGAGGUCAGGGAAAGGAGGAAUGGAAGUUUAUGAGUUUGAGUACAAAGUUGAUAGCAGCAGAGGAGGGAUGAAGAGGGUGUUGUCUGCUGCUUUCAUCUCAUCUAACAAACUCUAUCUUUUGAAUAUUUCUCACUGCGAUGGACUAGAAAAUCCGUUAGGCCCGGAUAAACGAAAAUUGUUGGAAGAAGUUCUUCAUUCCUUUAACAUGGAUCAACUUUAGCAUGUUUGCUAGUGUCUGGUUGUUUUAUCCUCCCAUCUAGCAAUGUAUGUACACAUAUCUGGUGUAAUAGUUACUAUUAUAGCAUCUGUUGCUGCUCCAGUGCUCCCUUCAAAGAAAAAUAAAAUCGUAACAAUAAUAAUAACAACA